AUGUCGUUGAUCAUUCCAGAGAAGUUCCAACACAUUCAUCGUGUGAUGAACACCAACAUCGAUGGUAACCGCAAGGUUCCAUUUGCCUUGACUGCCAUCAAGGUGAGUUUUUCAUUGAAACAUUUUUCGAACUGAAAUUAAUUAUUUCUCUUUUAGGGAGUUGGUCGUCGUUUUGCCUUCGUCUGCUGUCGCAAAGCUGACGUUGAUGUCAACAAACGCGCCGGAGAACUCAGCGAAGCUGACUUCGACAAGAUUGUUACCAUCAUGCAAAACCCAUCCCAAUACAAGAUUCCAAACUGGUUCCUCAACAGACAAAAGGACAUCAAGGACGGAAAAACCUCCCAAGUGAGUUGUUUUCAUGAGCUGAAUCUUUUUCCUGGGAGAAUUUUCCACAAAACAAAUUUUUCCAGCUCCUUUCCACCGCUGUUGACAACAAACUCCGUGAAGAUCUUGAACGCAUGAAGAAAAUCCGCCUCCAUCGUGGUCUCAGACAUUACUGGGGACUCCGUGUCAGAGGUCAACAUACCAAGACCACCGGACGCAAAGGACGUACCGUCGGAGUGUCCAAGAAGAAGGGAGGAUAA